CUAAUGUUACUGUAGUACAGCGCUUAGCCCGGACCCGUAGCUAUAGCAGUUAGCUAGGUUAGCUAAGCUAAUAGCGCUGUAACUGUGUGUUUUUAGGUGUAAAUUAUCGGUGUAUUCUCUUUGGGAGCUGUUUACACAUUAAACAACAAUGGGGAAGCGGCAGCACCAAAAGGACAAGAUGUACAUCACCUGUGCAGAGUACACACAUUUCUAUGGAGGCAAGAAAGCAGAAAUCCCACAGGCUAAUUUCAGACGAUUACCCUUUGAUCACUGCAGUUUGUCUCUUCAGCCCUUUGAGUAUCCCAUGUGCACCCCUGAAGGCGUGGUCUUUGACCUCAUGAGCAUAGUUCCAUGGAUUAAGAAGUUUGGAACCAACCCCAUCUCAGGAGAGAAACUCGACGCCAAGUCCCUCAUCAAGCUCAACUUCAGCAAGAACAGUGAAGGGAAGUACCACUGCCCCGUGCUGUACACCGUCUUCACCAAUAACUCCCACAUCGUGGCCAACAAAGUCACAGGAAAUGUCUUCUCACAUGAGGCUGUGGAGCAGCUGAACAUCAAGACAAAGAGCUACAAAGAUCUGCUGACAGAUGAGCCUUUUACCCGCCAGGAUAUCAUCACGCUGCAGGAUCCAACCAAUUUGGAUAAAUUCAACGUCUCCGACUUUUUUCAUGUGAAAAACAAUUUGAAAGUUCUCGACCCAGAUGAGGAGAAGGCGAAGCAGGACCCGGCAUACCACCUGAAGAGCACUAAUCUGGAGACGCGGGAGACGCUGGCAGAGCUCUACAAAGAGUAUAAGGGAGACGAGCUGCUGGCCUCAACCAUGAAGGAGCCUGAGGCCAAAAAGACAGACAAACUCAACGCUGCUCAUUACUCCACGGGUAGAGUCUCUGCCUCCUUCACCUCCACUGCUAUGGCUCCAGCUACCAUUCAUGAAGCAGAUGCUAUCGCAGACGAUGCAGUGCGCUACCAGUACGUGAAAAAGAAAGGCUAUGUCCGCCUGCACACCAACAAAGGAGACCUGAACCUUGAGCUGCACUGUGAUAAGAUCCCCAAAGCUGGUGAAAACUUCAUAAAGCUGUGUAAGAAAGGCUACUAUGAUGGGACCAUAUUUCACCGCUCCAUUCGAAACUUCAUGAUCCAAGGAGGUGAUCCCACAGGCACCGGUACAGGCGGAGAGUCGUGUUGGGGGAAGCCUUUUAAGGACGAGUUUAAGCCCAAUCUUUCCCACACUGGCCGCGGAGUGCUGAGCAUGGCUAACUCUGGACCCGACACCAAUAAAUCUCAGUUCUUCAUAACCUUCCGUUCGUGCACAUACCUGGACCGUAAACACACUGUGUUUGGCAGAGUGGUGGGUGGGUUUGAGGCCCUCACAGCUAUGGAAAACGUUGAGAGUGAUCCCAAAACAGACAGACCUAAGGCUGAGAUUAAGCUCAUAAGCACUACAGUGUUUGUGGAUCCUUAUGAGGAGGCAGAUGCACAGAUUGCGGCUGAGAGGGAGAAGGAGGCUCAGAAGCUGGAAGAAGAAAGAGCUCAGAGUUCAGCUUCUCUCAGCAAAGCAAAAUCCGACCAACCAAAAGCCUACAGAGCCGGGGUCGGCAAAUAUAUCAACAUGGCGGCUACAAAGAGAUCUGCGGCGGAUGAGGCCUCCAAACCCUCCACCUCCACCAGCGAAUCAGCAGCGAAGAAACCCAAAGGCAGGACGGGGUUCGGGGACUUCAGCUCCUGGUAGACCUUCAGCUUCUCGUUGACCAUCAGCUGUGGACUGAGUGAACCCUGUAUGUUGUGGACUGAAAAUUCUUAUUGUUUUCUGCUAUUAUUAGUUGGAUUGGGUAAGAUUUGUUUCAGUUGGGUUUUGUUUUUGAUUAUUUUUUUUUUGUAAAAAACCUCUGUACUGUUUAUUAUGUAUCAUGUUUCAAUAUUAAUUGUUUAGUGACUUUUUCAGCAUAAAUAAAAGUAAACCAGAUUUUCUAAA